AGAUAAACACAGUCUCCCCGUCACGCCACAAUCGCUCUUGCACGCUCCCUUCUCCCUCGCCUCCUCCUUCUUUCCAACCGUAUCAGGUACUCGUCGUUCACAAUGGCGGGGACCGACGACAAAAAACAACAACAAUCCGCCGAGAAAAAGAAAGCCGCCGGCGAAAAAAAGCAAUCCGCCGCAAAACACCAACUCGCCGCAAAACAACAGCCUGGUGGAAAGAAGAAGGAAGUGAAGAAAGAGACUGGAUUAGGUCUUACCAAUCGGAAGGCUGAGAAUUUCGGAGAGUGGUAUUCUGAGGUUGUUGUUAAUGGAGAAAUGAUUGAGUACUAUGAUAUUUCUGGUUGCUAUAUUCUUAGACCUUGGUCAAUGGCAAUCUGGGAGAUUUUGCAAGCAUUUUUUGAUCCAGAAAUAAAGAAAAUGAAGAUCAAGAACUGCUACUUCCCUGUGUUUGUUUCUUCUACUGUUCUUGAAAAGUAG